AUGCAAUAUUUACUUAGGUUACGGAGAAAAAGAGUUGACGACUACUUGCACAUAGUUGAGUCAUGGUCUGACUCCGAAUUUAAGUCUCGUUUAAGACUGUCGCGAAAGACAGCUCUUCGGCUCAUAGAUGAAUUAGAUAAGUCUGGUUACAUAGCUUCACAUAAAUUUGGAUUGAAACCACUGGAACCCAAGCUUUGCUUUUACAUAUUUCUGUCAUUUAUUGCCAACACAGAACCACUCACUCCAAUUGCAACACGAUUUGAUAUAUCAAUAUCUUCAACCUUUCGAGUUAUAAGGAGAGUUGUAGCUUGGAUAUUGACAAAAUUAAAUGAAGCUAUAAAAUGGCCUACUGGUUAUCCUGAAGUAAAGACAGUUUGCGAAGCAUUUCACUCUAAAACUGGCAUUUCAAAUGUUUUAGGGGUAAUUGAUUGUACUCACAUAAAAAUUGAGAAGCCUAAAAAUGCAACAGGAUAUUGCAAUUCUAAAGGUGAAACAUUUUUA